AUGAGUCUCCUCUCCUGGAACUGUCGCGGGCUUGGCAAUCCAACGACAGUUCGAGUUCUGACGGACAUAGUCCGCACUAAGAAGCCAAGUUUAAUUUUUCUUGUGGAAACGUUGGCCAAUCAAAAUAAGCUAGAAAUAAUAAAAAAUGCUUUGGGCUUUUAUGGUUUGUUCACAGUGAAUAGGUCAGGCAGAAGUGGUGGCCUAGCAGUCUUAUGGAAAAAAGGAAUUAAAGUGGAGGUCAAAAGUUACUCCUCACAGUACAUUGAUGCAGAAGUGUGUCUUGAAGAAGGAACCCAAACCUGGCGCUUCACUGGGUUCUAUGGUUUCCCUGAAAGACACAAAAGAAGAGAAUCUUGGCAAUUGCUAAAACAUCUAUCUACUCUUAGUCAAUUACCAUGGGCUCUUAUGGGAGAUUUCAACGAUCUUCUAUCGCAGGAAGAAAAGAUUGGGCGACAUACACACCUGCAAUGGUUGAUUCAAGGAUUUAAAGAAGCAAUUGAACACAGUGGGUUAAGAGAUUUUCCUUUUGAGGGGCAUCAAUUUACCUGGGAGAAGUCAAGAGGCACGGAGAACUGGAUUCAAGAAAAACUUGAUCGUGUCUUGGUCUCGAAUUCCUGGUGGUCGUUGUUCGGUGAAGCCAAAGCAAAAUCCAUUCCAGCAACAUCCAGUGACCACAUACCUCUAAUGCUAUGGCCGAUUCCAACUAUGUCAGUAAGCCGUCGCCGAAGGUUCAAGUUUGAAAAUUUAUGGAUUAAAGAGACUCACUGCAGGAAUAUUAUUGAGAACAGCUGGGCGAGGACGAGAGGUUUAAACAUCACAGAGCGAAUGGAGUGCUGCGGACAGGAAUUGUGGAGAUGGGGGAAAAAUCUGAAAAAUUUGAAACCAAAAAUUGACUUUUGCCUAAAGAGAAUGGAAUGUUUAAAGCACAGGAGUGAUCAACGCCUAAAGAGAAUGGAAUGUUUAAAGCACAGGAGUGAUCAACUGGGCUUAGAAGAGUUUAAUGACGCGCAAAGGAGCUAUUUAAGGUUACUAGAGCAACAAGAUUUGUAUUGGAAGCAAAGGGCCAAGGUGUUUUGGUUGAAAGAUGGAGACUCAAAUACGAAAUUUUUUCAUAACUCGGUGAAUAAAAGGAAACAGCUGAAUUCUAUCACCAAGUUGAAAGGUCCUGAUGGGAGAUGGAUAAAGAGUGGAGAAGAGCUACAACAGUUAAUAUCAAACUAUUUUGAAGUCCUCUUUAAAUCCAGCCCAGGUAAUCUCAAUCCUAUAUCUGAUUGUAUCGUACCGCUGCUAACUGAUGCUCAAAAUGAGGCUCUUAUUCGCAACUUCUCCUGCGAAGAGAUUAAAUCAGCUAUUGCUAGCAUGCAUCCUGAUAAAUCACCUGGACCAGAUGGGUUGAAUCCUGGAUUUUUUCAAAACUUCUGGGACAUUGUGGGAAAUGAUAUAGUCUAUCUCUGCAAUGAGUUUUUAGCCACAGGGAUUAUGCCUACGGAUUUAAAUAACACCUUGAUUACCUUAAUCCCUAAAAAAACAAAACCAGAGAGUAUGGGGGAUCUAAGGCCUAUUGCACUUUGCAAUGUAGCAUACAAAAUACUUGCCAAGGCGUUAGCUAAUAGAUUAAAACCUCUCCUGUCAACAAUUAUUUCUGCGAACCAGUGUGCUUUCGUUCCUGGGAGGGCUAUAACAGAUAAUGUCAUGAUGGCUUUUGAAGUCCAGCAUUUCAUUAAAAGGAAAAACCAGGGGAAGACGGGAUAUGCAGCUCUAAAACUAGACAUGAGUAAGGCAUAUGAUAGGGUAGAAUGGGGUUUGUUGAGGAUUAUUAUGCUUAGAAUGGGAUUUAGUGAACAUUGGGUGAAGCUUAUCUUAGCAUGUGUUUCUACUGUAAAAUACUCAAUUUUGAAUGAGGGAACGAAAAUUGGGCCAGUGAUUCCCGAGAGAGGAUUAAGACAAGGGGACCCUUUAUCGCCUUACCUUUUUAUCCUUGUAGCUGAGGGAUUGAGUAUUCUCCUUAAAGAUCAAGAAAACAAAGGAAAGCUAAUGGGAUUAACUAUUUCUAGAGGAGGGCCUAGAAUUUCUCACUUAAUGUUUGCCGAUGACUGCUUGAUGUUCUUCAAGGCUGAUAUUGCAGAAAGCCAAUACUUGAAAGGAGUUCUUGAAACUUAUGCGACAGCUUCAGGGCAAUUAAUAAAUUUUGACAAAUCAGCUAUCAACUUCAGCAAGAACGUUCCCAAUGAUAUGAAGGACAGGGUAAAAAGCAUUUUUGCGGUGACCAGAGAUGGUAAUGAAGGAAAUUAUUUGGGAUUACCAGCAAUUAUUGGAAGAAACAAAAGCGAGAUUCUAAGAUACCUAAAGAAUAAGAUUGUGGCGAGAAUCAGAAGCUGGAACCAUAAAUUUCUUUCAAAAGCUGGACGAGAGGUCCUAUUAAAAACUGUGAUUCAAGCAAUCCCAUCUUAUGCUAUGAGUGUUUUCCUAUUACCCAAAGAACUUGUGAAGGAGAUGGAAAGGGCGAUGAAUACUUACUGGUGGAAAGGGGGCUGUGAUGACCGAAAAGGUAUUAACUGGAGAGCCUGGAAUGGACUGUGUAAGCCAAAGAAAUGGGGUGGAAUGGGGUUCCGUAACCUGAGAAAUUUUAAUAUGGCCAUGUUAUGCAAACAGUCAUGGCGCAUCCUGCAGAACCCAGAUUCCUUGAUUGCAAGGUUCUACAAAGCUAGAUAUUUUCCAAACUCAUCAUUCCUUGAAGCCAGAAAAUGCAGCAAUCCCUCUUUCAUUUGGUCCAGCCUGCUUGAGACCCAAGAGGUCAUAAGACGACAUUCUAGAUGGAGGGUGGGAAAUGGAGAAAAAAUCAGAAUUUGGUAUGACGACUGGUUGCCGGACCAUAAUAAUAUGAAAGUUACAUCCUUCCCUUACCCCUAUCUUGAGCAUGCAAAGGUGGCAUCCCUUUUUAUAGGACAAGGUGAAGGUUGGGAUAGCGAAACAAUCACAAACAUAUUCAAUGACAGAGAUUCUAAAUUAAUCUUGAGCAUCCCUACGGCAAAGGCGAAUAAUGAAGAUAAACUGAUUUGGCCGAAGGAGGAGAAUGGUGUCUUUACCGUGAAGAGCUGUUACAGGGCAUUAGCUGGAGAGCUUGAUAGCAACACAAGGGAAUUAUGGACAUCAAUGUGGAAUUUAUGGUUGCCAACAAAAAUUAAAAACUUUUUCUGGCAAGCAUGCACAAAGUGUCUCCCCACAGCAGAUCGCUUGAUUGCUAAGAAAAUUGAUUGCUCAAGUGUGUGCCAAGUGUGCUCAAAAAGUGAUGAAUCUAUUCUCCAUAUUCUAGUGGAAUGUGAAAAUGCUAAGGAAUGCUGGAAUAGACUCGGAAGCUCCUACAUAUCAGCAGGCUGCCUUUCCUUUGAGGAGUGGAUUCAAAGAGUAUUUACAGUCUUAAAUAAAGAAAAGCAACGCAUCCUCCUUGUAGUCUGCUGGAAAUUGUGGUAUGCCAGGAACCAGAAGGUGUGGAACAAUAUUAUUAUUCCUCCAGCAACUAUUAUCCAAACUGCUAUGAGCUACAUAACAGACUGGCAGAGAGCACAAGAACCAUCACAGGGAUUCAGAAUUCAAGAACAAAGAUUGGAGAAAUGGAAGAAACCCCAACAUGGGUGGAUAAAGUUGAAUGUGGAUGCCACUGUAAAAGAAGCUGAAGGAAAAAUGGGUUUUGGUUUUAUUCUCAGAGAUGCAAAUGGAGAUUUCUUAGAAGCAAGGAUAAUGCCGUGGAAAGGAAUUUUCAAGCCAAAGGAAGCUGAAGCCAUGGCAGUAAGAGAGGCUUUGAGUUGGUUAAAGAGUAGAAGAUAUGAUUUUAUUGAAGUAGAAUCUGACUGCCAACAACUAGUGCAAGCUAUCAAUAUGAACAAAGGAACAUCCUCUUUUAAUCUUCUUGUUCAUGACAUUAAGGAGAUGAUGAUGAGUUUUGAUCAUAUAUCCUUANCGGACCAUAAUAAUAUGAAAGUUACAUCCUUCCCUUACCCCUAUCUUGAGCAUGCAAAGGUGGCAUCCCUUUUUAUAGGACAAGGUGAAGGUUGGGAUAGCGAAACAAUCACAAACAUAUUCAAUGACAGAGAUUCUAAAUUAAUCUUGAGCAUCCCUACGGCAAAGGCGAAUAAUGAAGAUAAACUGAUUUGGCCGAAGGAGGAGAAUGGUGUCUUUACCGUGAAGAGCUGUUACAGGGCAUUAGCUGGAGAGCUUGAUAGCAACACAAGGGAAUUAUGGACAUCAAUGUGGAAUUUAUGGUUGCCAACAAAAAUUAAAAACUUUUUCUGGCAAGCAUGCACAAAGUGUCUCCCCACAGCAGAUCGCUUGAUUGCUAAGAAAAUUGAUUGCUCAAGUGUGUGCCAAGUGUGCUCAAAAAGUGAUGAAUCUAUUCUCCAUAUUCUAGUGGAAUGUGAAAAUGCUAAGGAAUGCUGGAAUAGACUCGGAAGCUCCUACAUAUCAGCAGGCUGCCUUUCCUUUGAGGAGUGGAUUCAAAGAGUAUUUACAGUCUUAAAUAAAGAAAAGCAACGCAUCCUCCUUGUAGUCUGCUGGAAAUUGUGGUAUGCCAGGAACCAGAAGGUGUGGAACAAUAUUAUUAUUCCUCCAGCAACUAUUAUCCAAACUGCUAUGAGCUACAUAACAGACUGGCAGAGAGCACAAGAACCAUCACAGGGAUUCAGAAUUCAAGAACAAAGAUUGGAGAAAUGGAAGAAACCCCAACAUGGGUGGAUAAAGUUGAAUGUGGAUGCCACUGUAAAAGAAGCUGAAGGAAAAAUGGGUUUUGGUUUUAUUCUCAGAGAUGCAAAUGGAGAUUUCUUAGAAGCAAGGAUAAUGCCGUGGAAAGGAAUUUUCAAGCCAAAGGAAGCUGAAGCCAUGGCAGUAAGAGAGGCUUUGAGUUGGUUAAAGAGUAGAAGAUAUGAUUUUAUUGAAGUAGAAUCUGACUGCCAACAACUAGUGCAAGCUAUCAAUAUGAACAAAGGAACAUCCUCUUUUAAUCUUCUUGUUCAUGACAUUAAGGAGAUGAUGAUGAGUUUUGAUCAUAUAUUUCAUGACAUUAAGGAGAUGAUGAUGAGUUUUGAUCAUAUAUCCUUAAAAUUUGUUAGACGAUCUGCGAACCAGACUGCCCACUCACUUGAAUUUGUUAGACGAUCUGCGAACCAGACUGCCCACUCACUUGCCCGGGAGUCUGUUUCUUUGACUGAUUGUAAGGAGUGGUGUUUGUACCCUCCUGUUUCUUUGACUGAUUGUAAGGAGUGGUGUUUGUACCCUCUAGACUUUAUUUGUAACGUUCUCUAUUCGGAUUUGAAUUAA